AUGUUAACCGCUAAGCUCUGCAAAGCCUGUGAGGAUGGAGACAUUAAAGAGGUCGAGGAACUCUUGGCAUCUGGGGCUACUCCAAACUUCGCACCAAGUGGGAGUGGGCACCGUUACCCACUGCAUUACGCCGCCACUAGCGGACACGUAGAAAUAGUGAAACUCCUCCUGCAACAUGAAGCGACGGUGGAUCCUUUAGAAGCUUCGAAUGGCUGGACUCCAUUAAUGAUAGCCACGCUGAAGUCAGCCAACUCGCAAAAGCACGUCGACGUGAUGAUGAUAUUGCUGGAGGGCGGCGCCGACGCUGAAGCGAUUGAUGCGCGGGGAAACACAGUACUACAUAUCUUGGCUUCCCUUGGCCAGACAAAGCUGCUAAAGCGACUGCUCCAGAAAAUCCCUUCUCUCGACGUUCUGGGCCCAGGUUUCGGCUACCUAACCCCACUGCAUUAUGCCGCGGAAGCUGGUCACGUGGACACUGUUGAGUUCCUCUUGCAGCUGCGGGCAGAUCCUCGAGGUGUGGACGCGAGCGGGUGGACGCCCGUUCACUGGGCAUGCAGAAGGGGCUACAAACCAGUCCUUGAUCUUCUAUUGAGCUACGGAGGCAGCAUUGAAGAUCGUGAUUUCAGGUCUCUGACACCCCUAGAUGUCGCGUGCCUCUUCAACCACACUGCCUUGGCAAAGCUGCUAGACGCGCAAAUGCUCCCAGGAGGGCAAAGAGACUUCUCCAUUGCAGAUGCUGAGACGGCGUCAAAUAAGAGCUCUGCACUCGGCGACGUGGUGCCUCAAGAGGGCUCGCACGUGCUGGUAGCGGCGCCUGUGGAACAGGGUUGUUCUGCUUCCAGUUCAACUGCAAGCUGGCGUGCUGAAAAGUAUAACACUGGAUGGCGUGGGCAUAAUUUUGGUCGAUUGGUUUUGGGAGCGUUUAUUCUUGUCAUAUCAUUUUGUGACUAUCUCUCAAGAGUUUCUAUGGCUGCCUUCUUUGCAGCUGCGGCACGAACGCUCGAAGCCUUUAAAGUAUUUUUCAUUAGUCGUCGAGGGCUUUUGCUUUAUCUCGAUUGCUUGACUCACGCCUCUGCACUGUGGGUGAAUUCAACAGAAGGAAGCGCUAAGACAAACAGAGACAUCUGCACUCCCAGUGCACUGGAGCUUCCGAUGAACAGAACUGGGCAUAUUAAACCUGUUUCGGAGCAUAGGCUCAGGAGUUUCAGAGAUAGCCCAGGCGUUGUUUAUCCUUCUGAUUCGCCUUCCUCCCCUACAUUCGGUCAAAGCCCACGCAUCGCAGGAGAAGAACGAACGGGACCGGAGGCAGUCAACAUCCGUUCACCUUCCGAAGCAAAGAAUAGCAACACCGGGGCUAUGAAAGACGAGAGGGUUUGGACUCAAUAUCUAAAGGACCCGGCCGGCGGAGACAGUGCUCUCCCCUUCACGCGGUCUACAUACUACACUAGUGCUACCCACCGUGGCACUGUUCCUCAAAGGCUCCAUCCCUGUCCUUCUUUACAGUGUGCCAUACAGCUUCAUCGGCAGCACCUCGAGAUAUACAGAGACAGAGAGUGCCAUAUGACGCACAGCAGGAGUCGCAUUCAACAGUGUGGAAAUGUUGGGUCACCUUCCUCCGGUGCUGACGGUACUGUGUCUGCAAAAGAGCUAGAGCCAGAUGAGCGAAGGCAGGUUAUACCGGAAAAUGUUAGCUGGAGAUUCCACGGGGGCAGCGUCGGGCUGUUUGCUGACUCACUGAGAGCUCACGCUUCCGCACAAAACAGCGCAAGCGUAUCAGAUGUGUGUGAUGAGCCAAAGGAGCAGUACUUGCCAAAUGGCCCAGAGCAAGAAUCAACCAAGUGUCCCCUUGCUGAUGAAAAUUCGCGAGUCAUGUGCAAAUCCCUACAAAAUGACACAGAGAAUCAAUGGCACCAUGGCAUUUUGGCUUUUGCAUAUGGCGGCCAAGAAGCUCACGUAGGACUGCAUGUUGUCGCGGAAGGCCUCUCAGUUGCCUCUAGCCCUGAACGGUUUUUCCCCAAGGAGGCGCAUAAUGGAUGGAGCGACUCGGUUAGCCUUAAGACAGAAAGUGUUGCUUCUCUUUUGGCCGGUGUCAGUCCAUACCGGUCGGUGCAGCAUAAACUGAAGCAGCAGCAAGCUCCUGCUGUACGCACCUCACCGCCGACGAUUCCCCUCUCCAGAUCUCUCCCAGCCCCAGAAUCCCCUCCAGACGUCUCCGAUGACUGCAUUCACGGGGCGGAAGUACUUGGCUCUCGAUCCAUCGCUCGCCCCACAGCGGCGCUUCCCUCUGCUGGUACCAACGCCAGAGCUGGUUGGAGGGGCUCCAAACUCCUCUUCACAUGUGCUCAGCCAGCGCACUGCUUCACUUCUGCUGAGUCCGUCGAAGACCAGAACCGACACACGCAGCAAACACCUGAGCUCCGUCGUGGGUCGCGUGUUUUAAAGAAGUGCAACCAGAUGCCAGUCACUUCUCAUACUGAUGAUGCAGAAUAUGAUACCGUGGUUAUCCAAAGACAGCUGCGUAUAUUCAACUGGUUUGAGCAAUUCGUAGCGUUUAGGCACGCAGAGAUUACUGCGAUGAGUAAAUCAGCAGCAGCGAAAGUAAAUGGGACGGCAUCUGCAACUGCGUCGCGUUCCUCGUGCGGCACCCCUUGGGAAAUUAUACCACCCGUGUCAAGCCUUUCAUCCUCUGUGGACCAGGCGGACUCCCGCAUCAAGUGGGCUACCUUUGGUACGCUAUUCCCGUAUAAUGAAUCUAUGGAGCAGGCGGAUGGUGUAAAGCGAGAAUCGGCAGCGGCGACACUGGAAGAGGAGAGGGUCCCAUGUUUGUGUACUGAGGAUCUAUUUGACUUGCCCAUCAAGGAACCAAUCACGGCGCAUGCUCCGCAACAUCCUUGCGGCAAGGCACGCCAUGAACAGAGGGAUUUCGACCCCUAUCGAAUUAAGAUGGGGAGUGUCUAUCAGGAUUUGCCCACAUCACUUCAUUGGAGCCAAUUCGCUAAUCCUGAUACUUCUGGGGGCGAUAGUAGCACGCGUGGAGAUAGCGGAUCGGAUCAGCUUGCCACACCUAUUCUUCACUACAGAUUUAAAGACAUGGUCGAAUUGCCUCAUUUACGGGAGACCUUUUUCAGUCUUUGGCGCCGGGAAUUCGAAACGCUACUUUUCUACCAGGAGCAUUACUUUGGGUACAACCCGCUAGGGGUGACAGGCGUUCUGCAAGAAGGCGGUAUUAGCGACUUUUCACAAGGGCACACUCCCCGACUGACCAGCACUGAGUUUUGCCCUUCUACCAGUCGAGUGUGCAUCUGCGAUGAUGCAGACACAAUUUUAAAGCAUUCGUCGUGCGACAGGGAGGUGUUGCGGAUUGUCCCUCGGCACGCUUCUGAAGCGCAGGCUCACUGCUCGUUGCAGUUUCCAGCAUCAGGGGGGGCUACAGUAGCUGGAGUUCACGACGGCAUGGCACGUGAUCAAACACAUCUCUGCACCGGGCCGCAGGGGCCCCCAACAACCUACGCCGUUGCCAUAAGCCUGGGGGGAACAGGCCCAUGGAGGCGCCGUCGCUUGAGCAAGAGACGAUGGGUUAGCGGGAAGAAUUCUCUACACGGUCUGCUGAAGCCUCGCGGCACUGCGCUCACACACAGCAACACUGUAUCGGACCUUGUUUCUGCCUUUGGUGAUAUGGAGGAAGAAACAGGGGUGGGAGACGGCAGAGUCGCAGACAACUCAGGAGCCAAACAUGUGUUGGUUGCCGAAGCUUGCCGUUUCCUGAUUGCUCUCUCGUUAACACUGGAUCUUGUCUUAGGUAUCCUGCCUCUGCUAGGUGCAAUCAUUCUUUUCUACCUGCUGCCGUGUAGGGAUCCCUCCUAUCAAAAAUCUGCGGAUUCAACUGCUCUUUCCUUGCCGAGUGUUUGCACGCAGAGUGAGUCAGCCGUGUUAAGCGUGCAGCUUUGGGGAUUGGUCACAGCUUACCACGAGUUCAUCCAUUAUUUGCACUAG